GGUCAAAGCAGCCCCUGUUCAUUCAAACCUGUGGGGCUGGGAGAUGGGUGGAGUCUGGAAAUAUGGUCUUUUUUUGAAGUGGUCACGCUGUAGUGGAAUGCACUGAAGUUAUAGUUGUUAGGAGUGCAGCUGGUUGUGGCUGGGAGUGCUAGUUCAUCAGUCGCUACGGCUAGCAGAUCUACACUCGCUUGUGAAGCCAUGCCUCAUUUCACUGUGGUUCCAGUGGACGAUAACACACGGUCCUGCUAUGACAGCCUUGAAGAGAUCAAUUGUGUGGACUACAGAGACACAGGGCAAGGCUAUUCUGGACAUUAUGACACUGUCAGCUGUGAUGGUCAUGGAAACCAUAAAGAAGACUGUCCUUUCUUCAGUAAUAUCAAUGCAACAAAGAGGAAUGACUUCUACGAGAGGAACUUGGCUUUGUUUGAGGAGGAGCUGGAUGUUCGGCCCAAAGUUUCCUCAUUCCUCGGUCGGUUGGUCAGCUACACCAGCAUCACACAGGGAGACAUGGAGCACGAGGAAGAAGAGAAUGGAAAAUGGUGCUGGAAGAACACAACAAGGUCCACCGGUAUGAGCACCCUGAUGGGUGUCUACCUGCCCUGCCUGCAGAACAUUUUCGGCAUCAUCUUCUUCCUGCGGCUCACGUGGAUCGUGGGCAACGCUGGUGUGGUGCAGUCCUUCCUCAUUCUACUGAUAUGCUGCUCCUGUACGAUGCUAACCACAAUAUCUAUGAGUGCCAUUGCCACAAAUGGAGUUGUCCCAGCUGGAGGAGCAUAUUUCAUGAUCUCCCGCUCUCUGGGCCCAGAGUUUGGGGGUGCCGUGGGGCUGUGUUUCUAUCUGGGGACAACCUUUGCUGGAGCCAUCCACAUUCUAGGUGCCAUUGAAAUCUUACUGAAAUACAUUAUCCCACAGGCAGCCAUAUUCGACCCCUCUGGUGUACAUGGAGGGCAUGGUGCCAUGCUUAAUGACAUGAGGGUCUAUGGCACACUCUUCCUCUGUCUCAUGGGAUCUGUAGUCUUUGUGGGCAUCAAAUAUGUCAACAAGUUUGCUUCCUUUUUCUUGGCUUGUGUCACUAUAUCGAUUGUGUCAGUGUUCAUAGGAGCUGUGAACUCCAUCUUUGACCCCCCAAAAUUGAUGGUAUGUAUGUUGGGCAACAGGACCUUAGUUCGAGAGUUAUUUGACACCUGCGGAAAAACAGUGUUUGUGGGCAACACCACCAUUCCCAGCAAGCUCUGGGAGAAUUUCUGUGGCUAUGAAAAUAUGAGUGAAUGUGAUGAGUACUUCACAAAGAACAAUGUGACUGAAAUCCAGGGAAUCCCAGGACUGGCCAGUGGAGUUAUCAGAGAGAACAUGUGGAGUGUCCACCAGGGGAAAGACAGAAUCCUGGAGAAGGCUAGCUUACCCUCUCUGGAUGUCCAUGGCUCUGCAGAGAACUUCCUCAUGUACGUAUCGGCUGAUAUGACCACCUCCUUUACAGUCCUCGUUGGGAUCUUCUUCCCUGCAGUUGCAGGGAUCAUGGCUGGCUCAAACAGAUCCGGAGAUCUCAAAGAUGCCCAGAAGUCAAUCCCUUUGGGGACAAUCUUAGCUGUAACCACAACAUCUUUAGUCUAUUUCAGUUCAGUGGUGCUGUUUGGGGCUUGCAUUGAGGGGGUAGUUUUGAGAGACAAGUUUGGAGAGGCAGUGAGCAAGACCAUGGUGUUGGGGACCCUCGCCUGGCCGUCACACUGGGUCAUCGUCAUCGGAUCCGUCCUCUCCGCAGUGGGAGCAGGGCUACAGUCGCUAACAGGGGCGCCCCGCCUCCUGCAGGCCAUCGCCAAGGAUGACAUCAUGCCUUUCCUUAGGGUUUUUAGGCAAGGCAAAGCCAGUGGAGAGCCAACAUGGGCACUGCUGCUGACCACAAUGAUUGCAGAGCUGGGCAUCCUGAUCGCUUCACUGGACAAAGUGGCCCCCAUUCUCUCCAUGUUCUUCCUCAUGUGCUACCUGUUUGUAAACCUGGCCUGUGCCCUGCAAACUCUCCUCUGCACUCCCAGCUGGAGGCCCAGGUUUAAAUACUACCACUGGUCUUUAUCCUUUGUGGGCAUGAGCAUGUGUCUGGCACUAAUGUUCAUGUCCUCCUGGUACUAUGCCAUCGUGACCAUGGGCAUCGCCGGCAUGAUCUACAAGUACAUCGAGUACCAGGGGUAAGGGUUAACACACUUCAGUCUCUAAAUCCCAGAUGAUCUCCCAGUCUGAAUCCAUGAGUGUUGGUGUAUCUCUUUGGUAGAGCGGAGAAGGAGUGGGGGGAUGGAAUCCGGGGCUUGUCUUUGCGUGCUGCCCGCUACGCACUUCUCCGAUUGGAGGGGGGACUGCCCCACACUAAGAACUGGAGACCACAGUUACUGCUGCUGCUGAAACUGGAUGGGGACCUCCAUGUGAAAUACCCCCGCCUGCUCACAUUUGCCUCCCAGCUGAAGGCAGGGAAGGGCCUGACCAUUGUGGGCUCAGUCAUCCAGGGCAACUUCCUGGACAGUUAUGGGGAAAGCCAGGCUUCU